GAGGACUAGAGGAAACCCCAAACCUGUGGAUAGCGGCGGGCAGGGGGGAAGUGAUGGCCACGGCUGCCUCUAACCCCUACCUCGCUAGCAACAGCAUCCUCUCCCCGGGAUCCAUCGUGCACUCAGACUCAGGGAUUGGCAUGCAGCCUGGAAGCGCCGCCGUUACCUCAGUGGCAGGCGGCUACCGGGGGGACCCCACGGUGAAGAUGGUGCAGAGUGACUUCAUGCAGGGGGCGAUGGCUGCCAGUAAUGGGGGGCACAUGCUGAGCCACGCACACCAGUGGGUUACUGCCUUACCCCACGCAGCGGCAGCGGCGGCGGCAGCAGCUGCAGCAGCGGCAGAGGCAGGCUCUCCCUGGUCCAGCAGCCCGGUGGGCAUGACCGGCAGCCCGCAGCAUCCUCAGCAACAACAGCAGGACGUGAAAGGGGGAGCUGGGAGAGACGAACUGCACCCUGGGGCCGCCCUGCAUCACCGGCCGCCUCACCUAGGACCCCAUCAAGGGCAUCCAGGAGGCUGGGGGGCGGCAGCCGCAUCACACAUCCAGUCAAUGGCAGCGGGGACGCCGCAGCAGCAGCAGCAACAACAACAGCAGCAGCAGCAGCAAGCUCUUCUGUACGCCCAACCGGGGGCAUUCACUGUGAACGGUAUGCUAAGCCCACCCCCCGGGAGCCAAAACCUGGUACAUCCAGGGCUGGUAAGGGGGGACACGCCAGAGCUCGGGGACCACCCUGGGCAUCAUCAUCACCACCAUCACCAGCAUCAACAGCACCACCAGCAGCAACAGCAGCAGCAGCAGCACCAUGGAGGGGUGAACAGCCACGACCCCCAUUCUGAUGAGGACACCCCGACCUCGGAUGACCUGGAGCAAUUUGCCAAGCAGUUUAAACAGCGCAGGAUCAAACUGGGCUUUACUCAGGCAGAUGUGGGCCUGGCCCUAGGCACCCUCUAUGGCAAUGUCUUCUCCCAAACUACCAUCUGCAGGUUCGAGGCGCUCCAGCUUAGCUUUAAGAACAUGUGCAAGCUCAAACCCCUGCUCAACAAGUGGCUGGAGGAGGCCGACUCCUCCACGGGCAGCCCAACGAGCAUCGACAAAAUCGCAGCGCAGGGCAGAAAGAGAAAGAAGAGGACUUCUAUCGAGGUGAGCGUAAAGGGAGCAUUGGAGAGUCACUUCCUCAAGUGCCCCAAACCGUCGGCUCAGGAAAUCACCAACCUGGCGGAUAGCCUCCAGCUGGAGAAGGAGGUGGUUAGGGUCUGGUUUUGCAACCGCAGGCAGAAGGAGAAGAGAAUGACCCCACCAGGGAUCCAGCAGCAGACGCCAGAUGAUGUCUACUCCCAGGUGGGCAAUGUGGGGGCUGACACGCCGCCCCCUCACCAUGGGAUGCAGACUAGUGUGCAAUGACUGGAGUGGGCACCCAGCAGCUGCCUGACCGGCCAGGCAAUGGGAGGCAGCAAUCACCACACUCAGCAGCGCGGCUCACCCAAACUGCCCUCUUUUUUAUAAAUACAUAUAUAAAUAUAUAAAUAUAUAUACAGAGAGACCCAGUCACAUUCAGCAAAGCGCUUGGACUCGUACUGCCUUGGCACGUGGGUGGAGAUGCAGAAUGCACCAAAAAUCUGCAGAGGUUCCUUUUUAAUAUAUAUAUAUAUAUUAUAUUUUUAAUAUUGUUUUUUUAUUUGCCUUACGACUCCCACCCAGUUCCAGCAAAGAGCAUCCACUUUGCCACUUCCCCUCUUCUUAUUCUAUAAGAGCCAAUAUUUUGCCCAGCACUAAGCAUUAUAAGGGAUACCUAGGUCUGGGGUGUUUUUUUACUUUAUAAGAAAUAUUUGUCCUUUUUUAUUAUUAAUAUUAUUAUUAUUAUUAUUGUGACCAUCCAGAAAAAGGAGCUAAUUAAAGUGAAGUGACCUGGAACUUGCAGGAUUCGUGGGGCUGAGUUGUCAAAAUAACAAACUGCCAGCUGAUCCCCACUGGUGCACCAGUGCCCAUAUUUCCAGCUAAGCGAGGGAAUAGGCUUAUGGCACCUAAGUGACCAGUUUAUUGGAAUAUAUUUCUUGCGGGGAUUAAACAGGGUACAGAACAUCACAGGCAGAGGGACAGAGUCUUGGCACCCGAACUUUAUUCUCCAAUAUCAAGCCAGCUUAAUCAUUUUUAAGAUGUCAAGUACCUUAUUUUUUCGUGGCUCUUCCUAAUUUUGGGAACGUAGCACUCUCAUGUCCCCACUUUUAAUUAAAACAUAAAAUGACUGCUUAUGAUUGAAACAUAUUUAAAAUACUUUACUUUGGGAGAUUUAAAUUCUGGACAUCAGCAGCUGCACUUAUCCCAAACCCCCUCCAACCAAGUCCAUUGCCAACUCUGAAUGGGUGCUGAGGAUGAGAGUCAAUAAUACUGCCAUUUCUGAGCAGUGAUUUUGGUAGGUUUUAAUAAACAGACUUUAAAAAAAAAAAAAAAAACACCAACAAAAAGACUGAAACAAAAUUUUUGAUCUAUUGAUGAUCUUAAAAAAUGUGCUUUAUAUUUUCAUCAAAUGACUUCUUUUAAUAUUUUAUUCAGAAUACCUAUGGACGUCUGCAAAACGGUAAUUUAUUUUUUUCCCCAAAUCUUGUAUUACGUGUUUUUUUUCUCUGAGACGAGCACAAAUCAAAAAUGGAAAAAAAUAUGGACAGCUGUAGGUUACAAUGGUCUCUUUUGAUGUGAUCAUUUGAUUGUAAUUUAAUUUUAGUAGUGGUUCCGUAAGAGCUGAUUGAGAUAAUAAAUUUGUUAGAAUGACAAAAUCCGUGUCUGAUGCAUAAAAAUGUUGGCCAUAAUAUCUUCUAGUCAAGUUCAUAUUCCAUAAUAUCAGAAUUCGCAGGAAAUACCGUUUCCUGAGGUUAAAUCAUUUUUUUCAGUCGCUUGUAUUAUAAUUGUUUGUUUCCUCAUUCUGGAAGUCGUUUACCCCCCAAACCUAAUCAUACGAAGUUUAUCUUAAUUAAUCCACUGUUUCCUGGCUCUUACACCAGUGACAUGGUUAUCGAAAAAAUUGUAUCUCACCAGUCGAUAGUCUAGAGGGAAAUAUGACAAUAAAAUCACUAGAACCUUAGAACAUGGAAUGGUAUUUAACCCCUGGCCUCUUUGCUAUACCAGCAGAAGCAAAAUAUAGUAUUCCACGGGUUUUACCAGGUAUUUCAAUCUUUCAAGUAUGUUUACUUUUAUUUUGUUUUUUUUGCAAACCAUGUCCAGAGAAGAUACCGCAUCCAAUAUAAUUUUCUCCUAUUUCGCAUAUUGGGGGUUUAUGUGGGUUAGAUUGAUGACCCAUAUUAGUAUUAUAGUGAUGUUAAGUUAUUCAUUUAUGCCCAUAUUGUCCCAGCAGGAGAUAACAUAAUGGUUUAGCUGGAAACAAAAUCGGUUUUUAUAUCCACUCAGAUUGUAUGUUUAGUUUCAUACAUCAAUAUUCAUUCCCAGUUUGUACUGAAAAUCUCUAGACGAGCUUUUCCUUCUUCCUCUGCUGCCAGUUGUGGAGAUCGUUCUGCUGGGUUGUGCUGUUGUAUAUGAAUUUCCUUCGUUACAUCGUUUGCUUGUGAAUUGUUCUGCACACGAAACCUCUACUGCAAAUCCAAAUUAAUAUCAAAAUUAUAUAUAUAUAUAUAUAUAUAUACAUUUUGUUUUGUUUGGCACAGUCUAAUUGUAAAUUGCUUGUUCACCUUGGGUUGUAGCAAUAUGCAGACCAGCAGCCUGAUGAGGCCUCCUGUCAUUGGUAUAAAUCACGCUCUCGCAGAUCUCAUUGUUCAGGCCAGCUUUAUUUUAUCUCUCAGGGUGACAGGCAAAUCCCACCUACAGCCCCAUUUGUCUGUACUGGUGGACUGGUUAGAGAGAAAAAUGAUAAUCCAGGGGUGGAUGCUUUCCUGUCAGUAUGUAUGUGUUGUGGUUCCUUUUGCUGGGGUUUAAGAUACCUUAAGGAGAGUUGGGUUAUGCUUAUUAUUCCCAAGAAGAUAUGGUAAGUCCACAGUUAGGGUGUAGGGUGAUAUACAUGUGUGUUUUGGGGGUUGCUAUCCCUGGUAGUGUGAAUCCUGAUGGCAUCAGAUUGUGCUAGAGAGGUGUGUGCUUUGGGUAUUUUUUGUGGCUACUUGGAUAUUUGUAUUGUCUAUUUUGUGCCAGUGGUAUUUGCAAUAAGGUCACAUGGUUCUGUUGCAGUAGUGGCUGUACUGGGGAUCAUGAAGCUGGGGAUAUUGGUACAUGGCACUUCCUUUAGCUGUUUUAGACAAUGGUCUUCUUAUUCUGCCCUACUGCUCCCUUUCUUCUGCCUGUCCCACAAUGGGAGUCAGGUGCCUUGCAAUGCAGAGCCCAAGGCCAGGGAUCCCAUUGGUUGUUGUGUGUUUCUUUUUGGGCCCUGCUGUUUGUGUUGUAAUGAUUUGGUGUGCACCUUGCAGUGCUAAAAUGAGAAGCCUUAACCCCUUUCUCCACAUCCCCCACUUAAAUAUGCUUUGUAAUAAAGGCAGCUGUAGGGUCUCCACUCCCAGAGGAUAACUGUAAACACAUCCACCAACAUGUGUAACUGGAUAUAUUAUUGCCUUCAUUUUAUGUUCCUUUGUUUUUGCUCUGUUCCCUUAAAUUAUAUAUAUUUGUAACCUAUUUAUCUUGUUCAAAACAUUCUGGUUGUAUUUAUCCGUUUAUUUUCAUAAUAAAAUAGCCUUGUCGAGCUAAUAUAAAUGAACCAA